AUAUAUUCUCCUCAUUUGACCUCUGCCAAAUGGUGGGCUGGUAGACUGGGAAGAGCUGCUCAAAUAAUAGAAACACCAGUUCUAGAUUAUGCAAUGCAACAAUACAGGUUAUUUGUUGUGAUUGCGCAAGCCUACGUUGUUUACUUUGCUGGUGAAUUUAUUUCUAAUUUAUACAAACAAUGUGAUGCGCAAAGUUCAAGCGAUGAUUUUUAUUGCUCGCUCAUUUACACUGGAUUUACUGUGUUUUAUCAAGAUUAUUUACCCAAUCCUACUUGGGAAGGUGAUAAUUAUCUCUUAACCCACCCAAUUGCACGUUAUCCCAGGCUUAAAAAAGUUUUAACAUCAGUUUGUAACUUGUUUGCAUUACAUACUAUUGAAAAAGAGCUUUCUGAAUUUUUGAAACAAAAAUAUUUGUCAUCGAAACGAGCGAGAAUGCUAAAAAUCCAAGUUUCUGAAUUGAUAAAGAAAAUUAGACCUAAUGCCGUUGCAUUGUUUGACGCUUUUAAUUUACCUGAUUAUUUGUUGAAUUCGGCAUUAGGAAGGUAUUAUGGAAAAGUUUAUGACACCAUGAUUGACUGGGCAUCGAAAGAACCAUUGAAUAGUAUCACAUUUAAUACUAGUCCUUAUA